UUGAGGCUUCAUCCUCUUUGUGGACGUGUGUACGUCGUUCAUCACCCUGCAGCCCCUUCCUCUACGCUGCAUGAAACACCACUGCUCCCCGCCUAAUUACUCCCAAUCUUAAACUUCCUGUCGAUCGCUGGUGACAUUCGGUAAAUACUAAUCCACGAACCUCCCUUACUGGUAACUCAAGAAUUCGACAUGGCAUCUCGACGCUCCAGAGAUUCACGACGUCGGUCGCGCGACUAUGUCACCGAACCCACAAACGGCCAUGGUCCUACUGUCCCUCCCCAUGCUGCAACCCGCCAAUCGACCCACCAACACCACUACAAGCUGCCACGCUACAACCACAAUGGACACAGAGUGACGACGGGAAUACAGCCAGAGGGCGAGAGUGGCAGGAGGGGAAUUCAUCCGUUCAAGUUUCUGAAGAUUUGCUUCAGGAGCUCUUGCACGCUCUCCAGGAUUGUCAAUGUGCUUUGGCCUAUUGUUCCUGUCGCCAUUGCAUUGCACUUCGCACGUCCAGACAUGCACCUCGCCAUCUUCAUCACCAACUACAUCGCCAUGGUCCCUGCCGCUAACCUCCUCGGUUUCGCUGGUCAGGAGUUCGCACGCAAGCUUCCCAAGGUCUUGGGCGUGGUCAUUGAAACUACAUUCGGUUCUAUCGUCGAAAUCGUACUGUUCAUGGUUCUUCUCAAAUCAUCAGUAGGAGACACAAAUGUGCAAGUCAUCCGUGCGGCCAUCCUGGGAUCGAUCCUCGCGAAUAUGUUGCUUUGCUUGGGCACCUGUUUCAUUGCUGGUGGCAUGAAGCGUGAAAGUCAGAGUUUCCACUCCGCCAUUUCUGAGGCUGGCAGUGGUUUGAUGCUCGUUGCUGGAAUGGGUCUCGUUCUUCCCGCCGUCUACGCGAGAGCAUUGGCCGAAAGGACCGAUCUUCCCGUCAAUGAGAUUCCGGACGAAAUGCUCAAGAUCUCGCGCGCCGUCGCCAUCAUUUUCCUCGUUGGCUACAUCAUCUACGUCUUCUUCCAGACUAAGACGCACGAUGGCCUCUUCGACAGCAUCUUCGAGGAAGACGAAGAGAAGGACACCGACAGGCACAAGGAUCUCAGGAAGGCCAAGCUCACCCUGACCGAGAGCAUCCUCGCAAUCAUCAUCGCAUUGGUCUGCGUUUCGCUCAUUGCUGUUUUCCUCGUUCAGCAGAUCCCAUACAUGGUGGAGGAGCGACACAUCAGUGAUGCAUUCGUUGGUCUUAUCCUGAUUCCGCUCGUUGAAAAGGCGGCCGAACACUUGACCGCCGUUGACGAAGCCUACGACAACCAAAUGAACUUUGCACUCGCCCACGUUCUCGGCGCCUCAAUCCAAACGGCCCUCCUCAACACCCCACUCGUCAUCCUUGUUGGAUGGGGCAUUGGUGUGCAUAUGGACCUUCAAUUCGAAAUCUUCGAUGCUGUCGCUCUCAUCCUUGCUAUCCUCGUAGUUGGCUCAUUCUUGCGAGAUGGAAAAUCGAAUUACCUUGAAGGUGUGCUCUGCGUCAUGGUGUACUUGAUCAUCGCUAUCAGCGCGUGGUUCUACCCUAAUCCUGAGCACCACGGUGGAGGUGGAGGUCAUUAGAGACGCGGUCGAUGAGCAGCCUGUCAACAGGUGCAGUGAGAAGAAAAAAGAUAACCAGUAUGACUGGCGAGGUUUCCAAAGUUUGGCUGAGAUUGUAUAACGACAAUGUCUU